GGUAAAGUAGGCGAGGCACCUCGGGUUGCGAACUCAGCCUUCUACUGCACACCUUCAUUUUCUGAAUUAUCUUUGUUUUGUUUUGUUCCAGGUAAUCAAAGUCUUCCGAAAAUACUGGAGAAUCCGAUUUUGUCGAAAACCAUCAUACUUCCGGACAAAGGUGAGGAGAACGUUAGUUUGACAAGCAAGAUUCGGACAUUCCUAAACCUUAGCGUGAAUUAA